AAUUGUCCAUUCUUCACUCUCCCCACACAAUUUCCUCUUCCAAAUACUCUCUUGCUUCCAAUCUCACUGCCAUAAACACCAACCAUGGCAGCCUCAUUACAAGCCGCGGCUACUCUGAUGCAGCCGACGAAGCUCGGCGUCUCAUCCCGUUCCACCACGCAGCUUAGGUCCUCCCAAAGCGUUUCCAAGGCUUUCGGCGUUGAAUCAUCCGGUGCUAGACUCACCUGCUCUCUUCAAGCCGAUCUUAAGGACUUCGCUCAGAAGUGCGUCGACGCCUCCAAAAUCGCCGGCUUUGCUCUUGCCACUUCUGCCCUCGUUGUCUCGGGAGCAAGUGCAGAAGGAGUUCCAAAGAGGCUAACCUACGACGAAAUCCAGAGCAAGACAUACCUAGAAGUAAAAGGAACAGGGACAGCCAACCAAUGCCCAACCAUCGAUGGAGGAGUGGAUUCAUUCGCCUUCAAACCAGGCAAAUACAACGCCAAGAAGUUCUGCUUGGAACCCACAUCGUUCACGGUCAAAGCAGAGGGUGUCAACAAGAACGCCCCACCUGAAUUCCAAAACACCAAGCUCAUGACCCGCUUGACCUACACCCUCGACGAGAUCGAGGGACCUUUCGAGGUCUCAAACGACGGCUCUUUGAAGUUCGAGGAGAAAGACGGCAUCGACUACGCCGCCGUCACCGUCCAGCUUCCCGGUGGAGAGCGCGUGCCGUUCCUUUUCACCAUCAAACAGCUUGUGGCAUCCGGCAAACCGGACAGCUUUAGUGGAGAAUUCUUGGUGCCAUCGUACCGUGGUUCGUCUUUCUUGGACCCAAAGGGAAGAGGUGGAUCGACUGGUUAUGACAAUGCCGUUGCAUUGCCUGCCGGUGGAAGAGGAGACGAGGAGGAACUUGUUAAGGAAAACAUCAAGAACACUGCCUCGUCGACGGGGAAGAUCACUUUGAGUGUCACCAAGAGCAAGCCCGAGACCGGAGAGGUCAUCGGAGUGUUUGAGAGUCUUCAGCCUUCCGAUACUGAUUUGGGUGCGAAAGUUCCCAAGGAUGUGAAGAUUCAGGGUGUUUGGUAUGCUCAGCUUGAGUCGUAGAGCUUUUUUAAAUUAAUCACUGCAUGUAUGUAUUUUGUUGUUUGUUUUCGGAUUUUUGUUAUAAUUUGAAGUUGCAAAAGCUGCUUAGAAAAAAACCUUUUGUUUCUAAAACCAAAAUGGAGAAGCGCUAAGAUCCGAUCAUUAUUAUCUUGUUGUAUAUUAUUAUGGUUUUUUAUUACUAUUAUCAAUUAAUGUUUCGAAA